AUGAGCAAAAAGAGAAGCAAAUCAAAGGAUGCUGGUUCAUCCUUGGCUGAUUUGAACCUGAUUAGAAAAGCUAAAUAUUUGAAGGAGAAGGAAAUGCUGCAAGAUUUAGAGAAUGCGAAAAAACGAGAUGUUCCGAUUCAAUAUAUCACUUUGAUCAAACAAUAUGAUGAUGGAUCUGAUGAUGAAGAGAUUUACAUCUCAUUAGAUUGCAUGUUGCAAAUUUUCAGCUAUUUGACUCCUUCUGAAUUGUUGUUACAUGUUGGUCUUGUUUGCAAAUCAUGGUAUUUUCUUUCGAUAAGAACUAACUUUUUGUGGCAAAAUUUGUACUACUCAGAAUUUGGAGACGAAUCUUCCAGACCAGUCUAUGAUGCCAUUAUUGAUGAGAAUGAUGAUUCAGAAUUUGAUGGACAAUGGAAAAAAGUUUAUGGCUAUAGAGUCGACUUGAGGAAUAAGUGGUACAAUAAUCAUCCUGAUCGAAUCGGAUAUUUGGACAUUUUACAUUCCGAAUAUGCAAGAAACAAGAAUAAGAAUACUAAUAAGGGAGAGUUAUUCAAGAAAGAUGCUCAUUUAGCUUGUAUUUCAGAAGAAGAUCUUGUAACAGAAGACGCAAGUGACAAGAAACUUUAUCGUAUUGAUCCUGCGGAUAGAGCGCAAAUUUCAACACUUUGUCUUGUUGGAAGUGACAGACUUUUGAGCGGUGACGCAAGAGGAGUGAUCAAAUUAUUCAAUCUUAGGUCGUAUCAACAAGUGAAGAAGUUCGUAGGAGCUCAUGAUACAUCCAUUUCCAAUAUUGUGUGCAUACUCCCAGAGCAACAACUAUCAGAAUCACCAAGCCAGGUUACCUCACCAAGCAAGUUCAAGCUAGACCCAAAUUGUACAUACUUUUUAUCAACAAGCUUGCAUUCGUGUGAUAUAAACGUCUGGCAACUUGAGACAGGACUCCUCUUGAAGAAGCUCAGAGGAGAACAUGUUGUUGAAACAUGCUUUGGAGCAACCACCAAAAUGAGACAUCCCGUCGUUGGCAUGAAAGUUUCCAAGUUUUGUGGACAAUACGUGUUGGUGGUAGUUUCUCUUAAAACAAUUGAAAUUUAUGAUCUUACCACGUUUGUGCUUCUGAAAAUUAUCAAACCUUUUUACAAGCCAAAACAAAAGGGAAUAUUACAAAAGAAACUCAUCGAUGCAGCCAUUGAAAAAUUAAGAGGUGAAUACGACAGUGACGAGGAAGAACAGGGAGAUGACGAAUUUGAUGAUGAUACAAUGCAUGAUGCAGGCCACGCUCCAGCAACGACUAUCACCAAGUUCGAAGUUCUCGAUGAUAACAACAUUGCUAUUGUCUCUGGAGAUCAAGUAAUUCGUAUCUAUAACAUGAGUCUGUCUUUAUGCAUCAAAGCAAUUGAUAUGAAGAAGACAAAGGUAUUGGACAUUGAAAACUACAAUAGACCAACUUCAUUGGAGAGCUUUAAAAAAUUGUAUCGCAAGUUCAGCGCCCAUGAACAGAUUAUUGUGACUGGCAUUUACAAAACGAACAUAGAUGGACAAUUUUGUGCUACUGUGGUUAUAGGCUCAAACAGUGAUCCUUACAAUUAUGCUGCCUCUAACACCAAAACAUUUAUCAAGUAUUUUGAUUACAGAUUUGGAAUUGAAAAUCCAGUAAGAAGUGUAAAAUUAGAAACUGUGAAGAAUAGUUACGAUUAUUAUGGAUAUGGAUAUAGUAGUCAUUCAAACUAUUUCGAUGACGACAAGAUAAUUAUCAGCACCUAUUCUGACAUUUGCAUAGUUGGUAGAAAAGAUGGUAUUGUCAAACAAUCGAUUCAGUAUCCAUUGAACCUCACAUACAACGUAUCCACUUAUUAUGCAGAUGAACGCUUUUUGAUUAUUGGAACAUCCUUUGGCGGAAUCAUUGCCUUAGAUUUUGGUGGCAAUUUGCUAUAUUGGAGUAAUCUAAAAGGAAGAACUUUGCUUGACGAGACUGUGACCACCUCUUCAGCAGAACAACCGGUGCAGGUCAUGGACGAGUCUCAAGAUUAG